UACAGUAAUGCGGAUACAUUAAAUAUUGUUGUUCAGCGUGAGAAAAAGACGCAAUAUUGAUGUGCGCAUGCGCAGUAAGCCCUGGUAGGAAAAUCUGACGGGUAGGAUAAAAUGUCAGGACACCGGCGCGUUUAAAGCACUGACUCGCACUGGCCUGACAGUGGAAAAGCGGCUAUUGUCCCAACAGGCGAGUGGUAUGAGUAAAGUAGCAUUUCUGUUUCCAGUGCGUUUAACCGGUUGUUACUUGUUUUGAACCCUUGAACCUCUGUGGCGACGGGCGGAGGAACGAUAAUGGAGAGGAGAAAGCGAAACUUAAACCUCCGUCCUGAGGAGCAAAAACAAAAUAUUUCUCUCUAGGUUUCUCACCUCAGUUUGGCAAGUGUCAGUAGCACAAAUUUCCAUCUGCAGACUACUUCGAAAAACGAUGGGCACCAGGGAGCAACUACAGGAGCUCCUGUCAGAUUAUGUAGAGGAUACAUUCAUCUGCAUUUCGACAGUAAGGGACUUCUGUGACAAACAACAAAAAUGGUCCCUUCAGAGAGAGACAGAGCUGGAUAACAUGAGAGACAUCAAGGACAGAGCAGACCAAGUCAAUCUUAAGUUUGACCAUGUUCGGCACUCCGAGAACAAAGCCAAGGCGUUUGGGCAAUAUCUGUGGAGUGGUUUAACUCAGGUCACAGCUGACGCCAGAUAUCUGGAGCUGGAGAAGGAACUGGGAGCCGUCCUGAAGGACACGCUUGAGGGGCUGGAGAAACUUGACCACUUUCUGGAUGCAGUGGAGAAACUCACAGUCACCUCACUGUUUGUCUUCACUGGACGGAGCUUCUUGCCAAAAGGAGAGAGUCCUGAAAGUGUGCGAUCAGUCAUCACAGCUGCCAGAAUGGCCUCUCCUCUUCUCAUCUACUUUAAACGAAAUGCAGAAAUCUUCUUCCUUCCUUCACUCAAUAACCUGGAUGUCCUGGCCUUUCAACUAGACAAAUACAUACGUAUCACUGAACAGAUCUGUGAGAAGAUGGAGAAGAAAUCUAAGAGUGUUUUGUGGUUUGAAGAUAUCGAUAGACUUAAGAAGGGUGAGCCUCUAGUGAAGUUCAGCUUGAACUUAAGUGAGGACUCCAUGCAAAAAAUGCUUAAUCAUUUGAAGCAGUUGUGCAAAAUAAGGAUGGACCAGCACACCAGGCUGACCUUCAUUUUUCAGGAACAUGCUCAGCGCUUCAUUGGUGUAUUCAGUCAGCGUCGCUCUAGAAUGGAGCAGUUCCUGUCAGAUCUGGAGGAGAGCGCAGUCCAGCUGGACAGGAUGAAGAUGGGGGCCAGUAUCUCCACUGUGGCUGGCAGUUCAGUGGGGAUAGCAGGGGGAGUCUUGUCCAUUGUUGGUCUCGCUCUUGCCCCUGUGACUGCAGGAGUGUCACUGGCUCUGACACUGACCGGGGUUGGUCUGGGGGUGACCAGUGGUGUCAAUAGUCUCGUCACAGGCAUCACUGAGGCAGCAGUCAACAGCCAUCAUGGGAAAAAUGCACAGAACAUUUUCCAGAGAUACAUGGAUGAUGUGGGCAAGAUUCUAGACUGUCUGGAGCAGGCCAGUAGUGAGGAGCGUUUAGAGGGGCUUGAUGUUGUAGAUAUAUUUGGAGCAGGACAGUUGAUAGCUCGUGCAGGAGGAGUGGCCAGAAAUAUUGAUGUCCUGGUAGAUGCAGCUUCAGCUGUCAAAGUUCUCAAAAGUGAGGAGGUGAUUGUAACUGCAGCCAAGGUCGGGCUCCAGGAGGCUCAGAGUGCUCGCAGCAUUCCCAAACUGGCUGCAGACCUGCCCGACAUUGGGCAGCUGGCGAAAGGGACGCCACUAGCGCUCUCAAAGUCUGCUAGAGCUGGAUUCAUCACUCUAAAUGCCCUUUUCAUUGGCUUAGAUGUCCUGUUUAUUUGCAAAGACAGUGUAAGUCUGGCCAAAGGGAGCAAGAGUGAGGCCUCUCAGCUCAUCCGCUCCAGAGCAGCUCUGUGGAAAUCUGAGCUAGAGGCCUGGCAGAAGAUCCAUGAUUCCUUAUGCAUUGGAAUAUGGAGAUUUAGGAAGAGCCAGGAAGUGGUGGAGCAACUCUUUCUGCCUUAAAUUAGGUUUAGAGUGAUUUUCUGCUAAAGUACUUUAAGAUUCAAGAAGAAUUGAGAUGAACAUUAAAUAUUUGUCUUUAAAGGAAUGACUCCAUACAUUCCUGUUAGAUCUUCUGUCCUGCAACACUGAUCAUUUAGCAGCACUUGUCUUUUUAAGCUUUCUGACUUGUUAAUAAUUCAUGCUAGUAAAAUGUAAGCGUUACUGAGAUCUGCUCAAUUUAUAAAGUAGAAGCAUUUAGUAGAAGCACCCUUUUGAUCUAAUACAGCCAUGAGUCUUUUUGGGAAAGAUGCAACAAGUUUUUCACACCUGGAUUUGGGGAUCCUCUGCCAUUCCUCCUUGCAGAUCCUCUCCAGUUCUGGCAGGUUGGAUGGUAAACGUUGGUGGACAGCCAUUUUUAGGUCUCUCCAGAGAUGCUCAAUUGGGUUUAAGUCAGGGCUCUGGCUGGACCAUUCAAGAACAGUCACGGAGUUUUUGUGAAGCCACUCCUUCGUUAUUUUAGCUGUGUGCUUAGGGUCAUUGUCUUGUUGGAAGGUAAACCUUCGGCCCAGUCUCUGGAGAAGGUUUUCGUCCAGGAUAUCCCUGUACUUGGCCGCAUUCAUCUUUCCCUCGAUUGCAACCAGUUGUCCUGUCCCUGCAGCUGAAAAACACGCCCACAGCAUGAUGCUGCCACCACCAUGCUUCACUGUUGGGACUGUAUUGGACAGGUGAUGAGCAGUGCCUGGUUUUCUCCACACAUACCGCUUAGAAUUAAGGCCGAAAAGUUCUCUUGGUCUCAUCAGACCAGAGAAUCCUUCAGGUGUUUUUUUUUUAGCAAACUCCAUGCAGGCUUUCAUGUGUCUUCAUGUGCACUGAGGAGAGGCUUCUGUCAGCCACUCUGCCAUAAAGCCCCGACUGGUGGAGGGCUGCAGUGAUGGUUGACUUUCUACAACUUUCUCCCAUCUCCCGACUGCAUCUCUGGAGCUCAGCCACAGUGAUCUUUGGGUUCUUCUUUACCUCUCUCACCAAGGCUCUUCUCCCCCGAUAGCUCAGUUUGGCCGGACGGCCAGCUCUAGGAUGGGUUCUGGUCGUCCCAAAUGUCUUCCAUUUAAGGAUUAUGGAGGCCACUGUGCUCUUAGGAACCUUAAGUGCAGCAGAAAUUUUUUUGUAAACUUGGCCAGAUCUGUGCCUUGCCACAAUUCUGUCUCUGAGCUCUUCAGGCAGUUCCUUUGACCUCAUGAUUCUCAUUUGCUAUGACAUGCACUGUGAGCUGUAAGGUCUUAUAUAGACAGGUGUGUGGCUUUCCUAAUCAAGUCCAAUCAGUAUAAUCAAACACAGCUGGACUCAAAUGAAGGUAUAGAACCAUCUCAAGGAUGAUCAGAAGAAAUGGACAGCACCUGAGUUAAAUAUAUGAGUGUCACAGCAAAGGGUCUGAAUACUUAGGACCAUGUGAUAUGUCAGUUUUUCUUUUUUAAUAAAUCUGCAAAAAUGUCAACAA